GGUGUCACUCUGGGCAAUUCUGGCCCCUCGCCAGCGGCAGGGCCCGACCGAGGCACCCUCCGAUUCAGUGUCGCGCUACGGCGCCAAGGUUUCCGGCAUGCGGGAACGACAGUCCCAGAGUUCUCCGCGGCUGGGGCAGAAGCCGCCUGGGUGGUCCCAGGUCCCCGGUCCCCGGUCCCCGGUAGCAGGGCAGGGGCGGUUCCGGCGGGUUGGGAUCCAGUUUCCAAGAAGCCCGCCUCCAGGAAAGAGCCGGCUUUGGGGUUCACUUCCAGCGUUUUUGAUUUUUGCGCCCAGGCCAGUCCUGGAGCAACUUGUAUUGGGGGAGAAUUUACCUGUCAGAAGAGUUGGCGGCUUGGGAGUCCCUCUCCGGGCUUAAACUGGACCAGGCCCGGCUUCGGCUGUGACACGCAGCCUUAGUGCGGGGACUCUGUUACUGUCACUAAGACCUCUGCCGAGGUGCUAUUACUCCUUUUCGUAGAGGUGAAGAAGCUAGGACAGUGCCGGAGCGUGAAGGAGUUUGAGAAGCUGAACCGCAUCGGGGAGGGCACCUAUGGCAUCGUGUACUGUGUUAGACCCAUCAUGGAUGUGUUUCCAGAUCGGGCCCGGGACACCCAGACAGAUGAAAUUGUCGCACUGAAGAAGGUUCGGAUGGACAAGGAGAAGGAUGGCAUCCCCAUCAGUAGUCUGCGGGAGAUCACGCUGCUUCUUCGUCUUCAUCAUCCAAACAUCGUGGAACUGAAGGAGGUGGUUGUGGGGAACCACCUAGAGAGCAUCUUCCUGGUGAUGGGUUACUGUGAGCAAGACCUGGCCAGCCUCCUGGAGAAUAUGCCAACACCCUUCUCAGAGGCCCAGGUCAAGUGCAUCGUACUACAGGUGCUCCGUGGCCUUCAGUACCUGCACAGGAACUUCAUCAUCCACAGGGACCUGAAAGUCUCCAACUUGCUUAUGACUGACAAAGGCUGUGUGAAGACAGCGGAUUUCGGCCUGGCCCGGGCCUAUGGUGUCCCAGUGAAACCAAUGACCCCCAAGGUUGUCACCCUCUGGUACCGAGCUCCUGAACUGCUGCUGGGGACUACCACCCAGACCACCAGCAUUGACAUGUGGGCCGUGGGCUGCAUCCUGGCCGAACUGCUGGCCCACAAGCCCCUUCUUCCCGGCACCUCUGAGAUCCACCAGAUUGACCUAAUUGUGCAGCUGCUGGGGACACCCAGUGAGAACAUCUGGCCGGGCUUCUCCAAGCUGCCACUCGUUGGCCAGUACAGCCUACGGAAACAGCCCUACAACAACCUCAAGCACAAGUUCCCAUGGCUCUCGGAGGCCGGGCUGCGCCUGGUGAAUCUCCUUUUCAUGUACGACCCCAGGAAAAGGGCGACAGCUGGGGACUGCCUGGAGAGCUCGUACUUCAAGGAGAAGCCCCUCCCCUGUGAGCCGGAGCUCAUGCCCACCUUCCCUCACCAUCGCAACAAGCGAGCCACCCCAGCCUCGUCUGAAGGCCAGACCAAGCGCUGCAAGCCCUGACCGAGCCCAGCACACACCUGUGCCCCUUCACCUGAUGGCUGUGUCAGCAGUGGACAAAAAGGGUCCUGUAGGCUGGGCUGAUCAGCCACUUGGGAUCUAGCUUGUCCUCAUGACUGGGACAUCCUUUAGCCAAGUCUACUCUGUUGUUCCUUCUGUACCCACUAGCAGCCAGGGUGUGGACAUGGGGUGGGGGUUCCUAGCCUCCUCUAUACCCUAGAAGGCCUCUGCUAUGGCCACAUGGAGUCCACCCAUCAGUUUGGUUCUUGUCUGGUAGAGUGUAAGACCCUCCCUUCUCUGGAGGAGGAGUUGGGUUCAGGUCCCAACUCCUCCUCUGUGGUGAACCCAGAUGGGCCUGGCAGGACCCCUAGUGGGGAAAAGGAGAGACAAGGGUGAGGUGGGGGCCAUGACACAUGCCCUGAGCCCCCAGAAGGAGAGCUGGGCUUGGGCUGAGCUGUACUUCCCCCAGAAGAGUGUGUGGUUGGCAGGAGAUGGGGCUCUUAUUAGAGAUGUACUUUCCCAA